AUGAUCGAUGCUGAGAACCUGAGAAGCCUUUUCAAGGACUGCUAUACCAAGUCCAAGUCCACGGAACAAGUUAUCGUGCUUGCCUGUGCCCUGGUAAUUCCUGUGACUGUCGCAUUCUUUCUUGCGUUUCAUGGCGUAAAAGUAGGCAUGAUCGGAAUAUUUGCGGCCUAUUCCGAUCUGAAUUCAGAGAAUAUCCUACUCUUUUUUGGCGAACGGAAAAAAGGGGCGUGA